ACGCUGAAGGCGCACGGUGGCGCGGCGGGGGAGCGCGGUGGAGCUGGAAUCAGCCGGGAGCGAUCAUGUGAAGGUGGAAUCCGAGUGAGCCGCGCCGUAUUGUCACUGGCCUCUCCCACCCUGAAAGCUGCCCCAGUCUGGAUCCUAAAUCUAAUUACGGGAAUUAUCCACGCUGCCGUGUAUUUACACACGUUGAUGUGCCUGUGUCCACCUCCUCGGUAAUUGGCUGGAAGCGGUGUUGCUGAGAGCGAGCAGGGAGCAUCAUUUUGCGUUUGUUGGAUGUUCAUUUUUUUAAUCACUGAAAUUUGGGAGAAGUAAAGUGGCCCGUGAAGAUCCCCCCUCGCGCUUGAUGGGAUUAUUUUUUGACGAAGCCGCUUUGUUUUGGAUGAGAACACAUUGGGCAUCAUGAGUUCCAGUGCAGCUUAUCACCAAGGCUCAACGGGCAGUGAGCGGAGCUCUGGACCAAUCCGAUGCCAGCGAUGUCGAGAAGUAUGCAAAGGAGAGGUCGUCCGAGUGCAAGAGACCCACUUUCAUGUCAAGUGCUUCACGUGCACCGUGUGUAACUGUGACUUGGCGCGAUCCGGCUUCUUCCAGAAGAAGGGCGAGUACAUCUGCACGGCGGACUAUCAGCGCCUGUACGGCACGCGCUGCGACCGCUGCGACAGCUUCAUCACGGGCGAGGUGGUCUCUGCCCUGGGACGCACCUACCACCCCAAGUGCUUUGUCUGCAGUGUCUGCAGUAAACCCUUUCCAAUUGGAGACAGGGUGACGUUCAGCGGGAAGGACUGCGUGUGCCAGCAGUGCUCCCACACACUUGUCAAGUCGAAUGAACCGAUCAAGAUCCACGGGCCGAGCCACUGCGCCGGGUGUGGAGCCGAGAUCAAACAGGGUCAGUCUCUCCUGGCGCUGGAGAAACAGUGGCACGUCAGCUGCUUCAGGUGUCGGACCUGCAACAUGGUCCUCACUGGAGAGUACAUCAGCAAAGAUGGAGUGCCGUACUGCGAGGCAGAUUACCACGCCCAGUACGGGGUGAAAUGUGAGACCUGCAGCAGAUACAUCAGCGGACGAGUUCUGGAGGCGGGGGGGAAGCACUACCACCCGACCUGUGCUCGGUGCGCUCGCUGCAACAUGAUGUUCAAAGAGGGGGAGGAGAUGUACCUGACAGGUUGUGAGGUGUGGCACCCAUUAUGCAAGCAGGCGGCGAGGGCGGAGCGGCGACUCAGGCACAGACGCCUGUCAGAGGCCUCCAUCUCUCCACCUGGCUCCUCCAUCGGCUCUCCCAGUAGAGUUAUUUGUGCCAGAGUGGAGAAUGAGAUCCUAGAUUAUAAGGACCUAGCUGCCCUGCCAAAGGUCAAGGCCAUAUAUGAGGUCCAACAGCCAGACCUCAUAUGCUCCUCAUACCAGCCGUACCUCAGAUACACGUCUGAUGACAGGCUAGACACUUACAGCUAUGGGGAGUCGCUUGGGACACUCUCUCCAUAUUCUCAGGACUAUGACAGCCUGGAUACGAAGCAGAGACGGUGCUCCAGCCCAGGUUACAUUGACUCGCCGACGUUCAGUCGCCAAGGCAUGUCACCCAUCAUGCCUCGCUCUCCGCAGCACUACGUCUACCCCGGCUCUGAAAGUGGCAGGAGCUCUCCAUAUUACGGCCAAGAAGGGCGGUCAAGCACACCCACCACAAACCAGCCCCCUAAACAUUUUCAUGUACCAGCCACAGGGGACCCCAACAUCUACAGGAAGCCUCCCAUCUAUAGGAGAACGGCUACCAAAAGCAGGACCAGCGAGGACAUCCUCCGCUCCUCCAGACUGUCCACCUACUCUCCCGAACCGUACAGCCAGUCGGAGUCGGACUACUACCCCUACACCAGCUCCCCCAGGGCCUAUCGCAUGCCGAGAAGACGCUUCUCCACUGGAGGAGAUGAAGAGGGCUGGAGUCAGAGUCUUCAAAGAAUUGGGAGUGGCAUCGGGAGGAUGAUCCUAAAGGAGGAGAUGAAAGCCAGAUCGGGUUCCUAUGACAACGACCCCUGGGGCAGUGCGAGGAAUUCUCGGAGCGGGAGCAAGGAGACGCUGAACACCACGGGCCACGGCACCACGGCGUACAACAACACCAUCAACGGCUCCCCCCGAUCGCAGUACAGUGCCGACAGCGACUUUGUGUGUAAAUCAGCUUCACUGCCUGGAUACGGCCGUAAUGGCAUCCAGCGGCCUCAGAGUGCAGAUUGCUACCAGUACCAGUACGACAGCGGCAGCAAGGUCAACUGGGGAAACCGAGCGGAAUACAAGAUUUACCCGUAUGAAUCGCUCAUUGUUACCACCAGAGGGCGCAACAGGCUCCCCAAAGAUGUAGACAGAGCCAGACUGGAACGCCACCUAUCCCCAGAGGAGUUUGUCCAAGUGUUCGGCAUGACUGUGGAAGAUUUCGACCGGCUGGCCCUGUGGAAGAGGAACGAGCUGAAGAAACAGGCCCGACUGUUUUAAUCACACGAGUGGAUCACUGCCAUGAAGGACAACAAGAGGACUUCUACUCAGUUACACUGCCAUGCCUGAGAACCUGCUCUAGAUCUCCUCACACGACAAACCAAAUCCUGGUCACAGCCGAGGGAAGUUCUGGGAUGCUCCGGGAAGUCGGCAGAGACACGGCGCUCCGACGGCUGUGUGCUGGAGUGCAGUGAAAGCAAUAGAGACUGUCGUGGAGACAUGCUGUGCUUUUCUUGAACAUGAAGGGUCGAGGAGGACUUGACUGGGAGCGUCUGUGAUCAGAGCUGCAGGACGGAAACACAUCGAGGAGAAUUUUGGCUUUGCCUUAUUUGUUAUGCUCUCUUAAGUUGUGACUGUGCAGCACCAGCAAUCUGAAUGGGUAGAAUGUAGAUACAGUGUAUGGUUUUUGACACUUUAGUGGUGUGAGUGAUGCAGCGAGAGCGACGAGUGCACACAUUCGAACAUCACUUCACUUUGGUUUAAAGAUUCAUUUUGUGUUUACCGGUUCCCCCUUUCACACAGAACAAUGUCACCUCGAGUUUAUAUAGAUCGAAAUAGCAAAAAAAAAAACAAAACAAAAAAAAGAAAUUGCUUUGCAAUUGUAUGCGUGACCUGCAUUGAUUUGUGUGGACAUUAAAAACCAAAGUGAGAAUGCAAUUACUCAAUUCAGCAUAUCGCUCCCGUGUCACUCUGGAUAGGUCGGUCGAGGUCACCAAUAGAGGCAGUUCACUGUGCAGCUGCACGGUAACCGAAAAGAAUGUGCAAUCCAGUCGAUUCAAGAGGUGAAAGAAAAUGACAAUUCUGUCCUCCAGUUCUGCAUAUUGCAUAUUUUCUACAUAUUGCAAUAGAAAGAUGACUAAAUAUUGAGGAUGAGGGUUUUAGUCAUCCUUGCAUUUGCAUUCACUAUUAUUUAUAUUCUUUUUAGAAUGAUAAUCCAAUACUUUUUUAGCUACAGAGAUUAUAUUCACUCACAAAAGAUUAAAAAUGAAAACGUUCUGCAAGGUAUUUAACUCAUUGACAAAGAUCCAGGGUUGUUGAAGACUUUACUUCCUUUGAAUACGGUUAUUUUUGAUUUUGUCACUAAAAUAAACUUCAAAU